AUGUCAACAGCAGGGUACUUAAAUAAAUACAAUAAUAAGAAAUAAAAUGAUACUAAAUCUAUUGUCAGUUAGCAAUCCAGCAAAAAAGUAUUCACUUCAUAAUUUCUUAUAGAGUACCAAUACGGAUGUAAAGACAAAAGAAGAUUUAUUAAAUAAAAUGCAAUAGAAUGAAGAAAAACAUCGAUUGUUGAUGAUAGAAAAUAAUAAAAGAAGAAAAGAAUAAGAAAAGAAACUUAAAUAAUAAGAAGAAGAAAAAUAAAAAUAAGCAGCUGCUUUACUUGAUUAAAGAAAGAAAACUAAAGAAUAAGCAUAUAUUAAUUAUUUAAGAAAUAAUACUAAAUAAAUAUUAGCUGAUUAUUAACCUAGAUAAACUGAUUACCCUAAAUAAAAUCCAAAACCUUAAUUAGAAAAAAAAGUAUAAACAAAUUACAAUAAUUUCGAAGCCCUUGAUCUAGAAGUAUCCUAAGUUGCUAAAAAUAAAAAAUUGCCUUAAGAAUUCUAAAAAUAAUGGGAAGAUUUUGAAGUUAUGAAGAAAAGUGAACUUUUGGAUAGUCUUGACUUAAGUAUGGCUUAAAAAUAAAAACCAACUCCUAUUUAAAAAAAAAAUGAUUUACAACAAUUAUUAGGAUUACCUGAAGAAUGUAGUGAUGAUGAAGAAGAUUUAUGGAAAAAUACUAUGAAAAAUGGAUAAUUGGCUAAAUAAAAUACUAAACCUCCUUUAUCAAAGCCUACUUAAUGGGCAGAAUAAGCUAUUACUUAAGCUGAUGAUGUUUUAUCUAAAAUGAGUCAAAAACAAGGAGCUGAAAGAGAUAAAAAAGAAUUAAGCUCAUAAAAAUCAUAAUAAGAAACUUUGAAUACUAAAUAAAAGUAAAUUUCUUCAUCUGUACCCAAAAAAUCUACUCCAAAUAAAAAUUCUGAAUAGAUGAUGUUAUUAUAAUAAAAAGAAUAAUAAUUGCUGGCUUAAUAAAUGUUAAUUCAAUAAUAAUUGUAAUAAAAUACUAUUGAUAAUAAUAAUACCAAUCAUUAAAAUCCUGCUAGAAAACCACCAUAAAAUAUUAGAAUAACAAAUAAGUAAAUACAAAAAUAAGCAAGUAGUGUUCAUGAUGAACAAAAUCAUAUUUAAGAAUUUCUUAGAGUAUUUAUUUUCAAUAAUAUUAUGAUAGGAGGAUCUUUAAAAUAUAAAUGAUAUGGAAAUGUAAAUUUAACUUGAACUUAUGAAUUUAAAUAAAGAAAAUAAAUAAAAAAUUGAAUAAGUAUAGUAAAAAUAUGGAGUAAGAAAUUUACAAUCUUCUAAUCAAGUCAAUAGGAUAGUGUUCAUUUAAAAUUAAUAUCCAAGUAUGUUUCAUUUAUAUUUUAGUAAAGUCAUAAGAAGAUUAGAUUGAGGCAUCUCUACUUAAAUUAGAUAUGAUGCUUUAAUAACCUCCUCAAAAACCAAUAGAAAAACCUUAAUAGUAAUAAUAACAAUAAAUAAGCUAUACAAUUCCCUUAUAAUAGAAUAUAUAAUCUAAUCCAUAGUAAUAAUAAACUUACUAAUAAUCAAUUAAUUAAUAUAGUUAGUAAUAAUAAUAAUUAAGUCCUUAAUAAUAUUAGCAAUUAUUAGAAUAGUAGAAUUAAUUAUAGUAAUAAUUAAUAAUGGCAUAAUAAUAAAUAUAAUAAAUGUAGUAAUAAACUCAAUAAUCAAAUUAAAAUAUAAAUUAAUAAUAAGGAGAGUUUCCUAGAUUUCCGUCAUAUGUGCUUCAUUAAGAUCAUUAAUCAUUUGUUUAAACAUUUUCAAAUGGUAUUCCUUAAUAAUAAUAAUAACAAUAAUAAUAAUAAUAACAAUAAUAAUAAUAAUAACAAUAAUAACAAUAAUAAUAAUAAUAAUUAUAAUACUAAUAAUACUAAUAAUAAAAGUAAUAAUAAACAUUCAAUUCUAAACCAAGAAAUGUUAUCUCAAAUGAAAAUUAAAGUAUUUCAAUAAUUUCAUCAUAAUAAAACGAUAAAUAUACAUUUGAUUUAGAUUUUGGUGUUUAAAAAAAUACAUAAAAUACUUAUACUUAAUAAGCCUAAAAGAAAAUGACUCAAAAGUAAUCAUAAAUUAAAUCAAAUAUUCCAAUAGAGGAAGAAGAAGAGUAAGAAGAAGGAAAAAUAGAAGUUAGAAAAGAUUUAAGAAAUCUCCUUUUUGAUUGA